CCGCCUGCUGCAGCAGAACAACCUGGAUACACUCCACAUGUCUUGUUCAAACAAGCAGCUUUCUAUUAACUCCGAUAGGGAAGGGUAGUGAAGGGUAGAAAGCUGGUGACUGGCACUCAUGUGUCAAAACAUUUUUGCAGCCAUUUUCUCUCCUGACGCCUGAGGAUCUGAGAGGCAGAUUGGUCUUGGUGUGGGUCAGUGUCAUCUUACAUCCUGUGAUCAGUCUGCGAGAGCCGGAGACACGGCAGUAGAGUGUGGGGCGGCAACACUGAAUGGACAGAACAUGGGGUCAGAUGAGGCCUACAACUUUGUCUUUAAGGUGGUUCUGAUUGGUGAAUCUGGUGUGGGCAAGAGCAACCUGUUGUCCCGUUUCACCAAAAAUGAGUUUAACCAUGACACUCGCACAACCAUCGGGGUGGAGUUCAGCACACGGACCGUGCAGCUCAGCGGCUUCACCAUUAAGGCCCAGAUCUGGGACACAGCCGGACUGGAGCGAUACCGGGCCAUCACUUCAGCGUAUUACAGAGGUGCUGUUGGAGCCCUGCUGGUCUAUGACAUAACAAAACACCUUACCUAUGAGAGUGUGGAGCGCUGGCUGAAGGAGCUCUACGACCACGCUGACCCCCACAUUGUGGUGAUGCUGGUGGGCAACAAGACUGACCUGGAGUCAGAGAGAUCUGUGCCCACUGAGGAGGCCAAAGACUUUGCAGAAAAGAAAGGGCUUUUGUUUCUGGAGACCUCAGCCUUGGAGUCAACUAAUGUGGAAGCAGCAUUCAACAAUGUCCUAGCAGAUAUUCACAGAAAGGUGAGCAGUAAGGAAGUGGUUCGAGGCUCCAUCAGUGCCGUGUCCCUGAACAGCCCCAGUGCAGAAAACACAGAGGAGAAUAAGCCCUGCUGCAGGAACAUCUGAUUACACCAUCCCCCAGGAGCUCAGGGGGCCACAGGGUGGGUGACAGGUGAACUCCUCCUUCACCCACAACCCUGUGCAAGAGCUUGACAAGAGGCAGGCACCAUGGCAGCCAUAGGUACCAAUAUUAACGGCCCUGGCUUAAGAUGCCUCUUCGAAAUGACUGAUUUACAAGUUGUAAGAGCUACAUGGUGGUGUGAGGUGUUCAAAGGAUGUUUGAUAAGUGUGAGUGAAUGUAGCUGGAAACCAGCAUCAGUCUUUUAAGAGUCCCUGCUGACCGCUGAACAUACGUCAGUGGUAAAACACAAAACUGUGUUACCUGUAAGAUAAAAUAUUUAUAGUUCAUGCAGAAAAUUGGAAAAAUCAUAGCAUGGGUAAGGUUUUGAAAGUCAAUGACAUAAGACUGUUUUAUGUUUUCUUCAAAUCAACAGUUUAGUUGGUGGUGAAUAUUUUAUGUACUGACUGAUCUAUGAUGAGACUGAAUGUAUUUCUGUUGAGACAUAAAUGAUUUAUGGAGACA